AUGAUACCCAAAGAGCAGGCCAAGAAACACGGUCUUCCUGAGACUGUACAGUUAUAUAACGACCCCGGCUAUCUCUUCUACGGCCUAGGCGUCUACCACCAGCUGCACUGUCUCAAUCGGAUCCGCAAGACAUUCUACAAGGAGAAAUUCUAUGCUGACGAAGACCCGCAUAUGAUCGAGGUUCAUAAAAAUCACUGCUUCGAUGUCAUUCGCCAAGCUCUAAUGUGCCACGGUGACAUCUCGCUCGUUUACUGGUGGAACGACACCUACAGUUACAUUGACGAGACAGGGGCAAAGCAGUAUUCUGAUGAUUAUCUCCACAGGAAUGGGGAAGAAAGAAUGACAGGGUCCCGAACACACUGGAACACCGAUGUGCAAUGUCGUGAUAUCAGUGCCAUCAAUGACUGGGCGAGGCAGCAUAAGGUCAAUGCAGAUAAGUAUUGGGGUCGUGUUGAUGAUUGA